AUGACGCUUAUAUGUCAACGACUGAACGAAAAACUUGGCCCUCGAUUCUGCCAGGAGCACUUGACACAAUACGCGGAUGACACGCAUUCCGCGUGGACCUUUCACAGCUACGAGGAACUUCGCAAGUGUGUUUGGCAACUUUCUGUCAUUAUGGAAACCCUUGAGGAGUUCGGUAUGUCCCUAAAUGACGACAAGGCGCAAAUUCUAUUCACCGUGAGGGGUACUCUGAAGCAAAAGGCACGCAGCGUUUUCACCACCAAGGUUCGCAACAAUCUGGUGUUUGUGAUUGAGGGUGAGAAAGGCACUCGACAUGUCCCUUUGGUGCGAUCUACUGUGUAUUUGGGAGCCAAGAUUUCAUACGACCAGUUCGAAGCGCAGACGAUUGCACACAGGAUGCAGAAGGCCAAUGUUCGAUUCUGGCAGUUGCAGAAGUUCUUUACGAGCAAACGAGGUCUUGGUAUUCAUCAAAGGAUUCGGAUGUGGAUGGCUACCAUUAGGCCGACGCUCAUGUAUGCAGUUGAUUGUUGCUUGGUUGGUCCCACUCUCCAACGCAAAUUACAGACUCUCAUCAUGAAGCAUUUCAGAGCCAUUUGUUCGUGUCCGUCACACAUCUCUCACGUUAGCGACGCAGAUCUGCUGGCUAAGUAUCGUGUCGAUGGUAUAUCUGACUGGCUGAAGGCUGCAUGUGACCGUGAUGUAAAUAUCAACGACACGAUUGGCAUUUCCACGGCUACACUCGCUGGAUGGCAUGCCAAAAUGAGUGAGACCUUGAAGGCUUCCCAACACCGCCUCACGCACGUGGCCAAAGAGAUUCAACCACAUGCCUGUCCCGUGUGUGGUGUGUAUUUUGACUCUCGCAAAUCGGUGAAACUGCACAUGCAUCAGAGCCACAAGCCUCCUAAAUCCAACGAUGAUUUGCAGCCUCCGAACACUGCUUCUGUUGAACCUUCGGAUGGUGUGACUCCGACAGUUCCAAAUGUCACAGUGACCACGUCAGGGCAGUCCAGUCGACUGUUGAGCGGUGCCCAGACUGCCAUGGAUGCUGCUGCUGAUGCUGAUGCUGAUGUUGCAGAUAGUGUACGACUGUCUACAGCACAGAUUGUCCCGGCAAGUGAGUGUGUCGUGACUCCUUCUACACAAUCUCCGGAUCUGCCCAUGGUUCCUGCGCAACAGGGCGGCGCUGGUAUGAUCUUUGAUCGAUCAGUGCACUCCCGAGAUGGUCUUCCUACAUGUUCUGGCUGUGGGGCUAAGUUCCGCAGGUGGGAUAUUCUUCGCAAGCACAUCAACAAAGGCUGGUGUCCCGUCUUUGCCAAACAUGAUGCACCUGCUGUAUCCGCACUUAGUGAUGUGAAGGCGCUUGCAGUACAGGAUCAUGUCCCGAUCACGCAGCGUUCUGAGGUGAUCCAGGCUAUUACUGAUCGCGGGCUUGAGGGGUUGCGUCUUAUACCCGGCCUAUUCCAGGAGAUGCAAAACAGGGUGCAGCUACUGCGCAUUCCAAACAGUGUACGCCACUUUUUCAGUGUGCGGUCUUGUGUCAUGACCAUGGACGUGGAUCGGGCGGGACAGCUCGAGGAGUUCUUCGGAGGACUGGCGAACUCGGACAUUCCCAUGCUAGGGGAGUCGAUCAAUCAAAAGCGCCAAGCAGAUCGUCAGAGCCUACCCAACAAGGCACCGAGGACACCGGCAACGCCACAGCACAAGGGCAAAGGAAAAGGAAAAGAGCAAUCCAGAGGAUCAAAACAAGGACAACAAUCACAGAUGGAGCUGCCGAUCGAGCAGUUGAUGGAGAUUGUUCGAUUAUUGGUUCGCACAUCGGUGCGGCACGAAGAUGCUAUUCAGACUCUCCGCCUCGACACAGGCCUGGUAUGGUUUGUGAAAACAGGGGACGGGACUCCGGACACUACUUCGAUCAUUCCGUACUUGCAGGCCGUGGCUGCGAAAUGGCAUGGAAGGGAAAACACCGAGAUGUCGGAUCGACCACUUCGGGAGGUUAUGUUCAUGGCCAUUCUGCAGAAGCUGUUGACAAAGCUGGACGAGGUCGCCAAGGAUCAGGCUGUGGCGCUUCGGUGCCAGCAGGCGGGUUGGCUCACCACGGAGCAAAAGUGGGUUUAUCAGAAGUGGUGCAAGGAAACUCGUACCCUGGUACAAGACAAGACCAAGGUCCCGGUACUGCAUCAAACAUUGGUUACAUCGAUCAGGAACAUGCUACGUAUGGUGGACGAGGGCCCGGUGCUACAUCGAUUCUGCUCCACACGCAAGCUGGAUCAGUACGAGACCGGAGUGGCAGUGUUUGUUCAGGACCUGUCGAUUCGAGAUCCCAACGGCACCCAGGUAUUUCAGGGAUUGUUGGACUACCAAGGCAAUACGGCGUGGCAACUUAUAGGAGCGCAGUACAGGAAGGAGAAUUUGCAGCGAGCCCCGGCAGUUCAAGAACUCCUUCGCAAACUGGCAAACGUCUAA